AUGAACCACGCACACGCAUCACGAUAUAACGCAAGAGUUCCUUGGGACGCAGCUGGUGCUGUCAGCGGGCAGCAUGCUCUGGUGGUCGGUAGCCGAAGCGGAGGACAUCAGCGGCCGUCGGACGAGUUUGCGCUGCUUUCGGCGCGCCCCCUUGCUGGGAGGCCCCCCAAGGUAGGGUGGACCGAUGGCAGCGGCCACCGAAGACGUCGCGUACGACUUCAGAAAUUUUAUUGCUAUAAUUCUAAUUGUGAAUCCGUGUGGAUUGGAACAUAA